UACCUUGUAGUUAAGUAUAUAUCAUUGAAGUGACGGGACAUUUGUAAAAUACUGUAGUUAGUCUACAAAGCAUCAAUAGUAUUAUACUUAUCUUAUUAUAGAAUUUUCAUGGUUUUCUGAGUGUGAAGUAAAGUUAUAUCUCGGUAUAUCUCGGUACAAAUCGGUUUGAAUCGAUCUUCCGCGAAAUUUUGUUUUGAGUGUCAAAUUUUAAAAAAAAAUUAAUAUUAAUUAACCUGUAUAGAUAUGGGAUUAUUAUCCGAGGGAAGUCCUUUAACCUGGGAAGAAACGAAAAAUCUUGCUGAUCAUGUUCGAAAACAUGGGAUUAUUCAAUUUAUUAAUUUAUAUAAAAGACUUAGAGAUCGACAAGGUGAUAUACUUAAAUGGGGCGAUGAGGUUGAAUAUAUGCUUAUCAAAUUUGAUGAUGAAGCAAAAAUUGCAAAGCUUAGUUUAAGAGCUGCAGAAAUAUUAAAAACUUUAAACGAAAAAGAAUAUAAUGAUCCAGUCAAUAUUAAAUCAUUAUGGAGACCUGAAUAUGGUGCUUAUAUGCUAGAAGGAACACCAGGGAAACCAUAUGGUGGUUUAUUAGUUCAUUUUAAUAUUGUUGAAGCUAAUAUGAAAUAUAGAAGACAAGAAGCCUCAAAAUUAUUGGGACCUAAUGAAGUUUUAAUGUCUUUAACUAAUUUUCCUAGAACAGGAGCACAUGAUUUCACGGAUCCUCCUACACAUCCAACUCCAAAUUCAGGAUCAUCAAAAAGUUUGUUUUUUCCGGAUGAAGCUAUAUAUCCUGGUCACCCUCGAUUUAAAACUUUGACAAGAAAUAUAAGAAAACGACGCGGAGAAAAAGUAGCUAUAAACAUUCCUAUUUAUAAAGAUAAAAAUGUUCCAAAUCCAUUUAAGGAAGAUCUUAGUUCUUUAAUUGAAGAUAAAUCUAAUUGUGCAGCUAAAGAAGAUCAUAUUUAUAUGGAUGCUAUGGGUUUUGGAAUGGGAUGUUGUUGUUUACAACUCACUUUUCAAGCUUGUAAUAUAGAAGAAGCAAGAACUUUAUAUGAUCAAUUAACACCUUUAUGUCCAAUAAUGUUGGCUGUAACUGCUGCUAGUCCAUUUUACCGAGGAUAUAUAAGCGAUGUUGAUUGUCGAUGGAAUGUCAUAUCUUGUUCUGUAGACUGCAGAACACAAGAAGAACGUGGUCUAAAACCUUUAAAAGAAAAUAAAUUUAGAAUUAAUAAAUCUAGAUAUGAUUCCAUUGAUUCAUAUCUUAGUGUACAAGGAGAAAAAUAUAACGAUGUUCCCUUAAUUUAUGAUGAUGAAGUAUAUAAACAACUUUUAGAUAAUGGAAUUGAUAAAUUACUUGCGCAACAUAUCGCUCAUUUAUUCAUCAGAGAUACUGUAUCUUUAUUUUCUGAAAAAGUGCAUCAAAAUGAUUUGGAGGAUACUGAUCAUUUUGAAAAUAUACAAUCAACCAAUUGGCAAACAAUGCGAUUUAAACCACCACCACCAAAUUCAUCUAUAGGAUGGCGUGUCGAAUUUCGACCAUGCGAAGUUCAAAUUACCGAUUUUGAAAAUGCUGCAAUAGUUUGUUUUAUUGUUCUUCUUACAAGAGUUAUUUUAAGUUAUAAAUUGAAUUUACUCAUACCAAUUAGUAAAGUUGAUAAAAAUAUGGCUCGAGCACAAAAGAGAAAUGCUGUUACAGCAGAAAAAUUUUGGUUUCGACGAGAUAUUACAUCAGAUAUAAAAAAACAAGAUGAUGGACAAACAGAAUAUACAGAAUUUACUAUUAAUGAAAUUAUCAAUGGAAAGGAUGGUGUUUUUCCGGGUUUAAUACCUUUAGUAAAUUCAUAUUUAGCCAGUAUGGAUGUAGAUGCUGACACGCAUUGUACUGUACAAGCAUACAUGAAAUUAAUACAAAAGAGAUCUUCUGGAGAGUUAUUAACAACUGCUGCAUGGUUAAGAAAGGAAGUCCUUUCACAUCCAGAAUAUAAAUACGAUUCCGUAAUAACACAACGUAUCAACUAUGAUUUAUUAAAAAAAAUACAAAAAAUAGUAUCUAAUGAAAUAUCGUGUCCAGAAUUACUCGGGACGUGUAUAUCAUCUAAAACCAAUGAAACCAUACCUGCAGCAGUUGCAAAAGCAGAAAAAGUUCCAAUGUGAAUUAUUGUUGUUAAUGGUAAUGGUUUAAAUAUACUUAAAUAUAUAUAUGUGUGUGUAUGUGUGUAUAUGUAUAUAUAUAUAUGUAUAUAUGUAUAUAUAUAUAUAUAUAUAUAUAUAUAUAUACAUAUAUAUAUAUAUAUUAUAUACACAUAUAUAUAAAAUAGAUAUAUGAUGAUUUAAAUAGACUACAAUUAUUUUAAAUUUAA